GUCGGCGCGCGCGCCACUCGCUCACAGACCGCCGCGCGCGCAGCACCCAUGAUCCUCCCCGCGCGAACCAUGUCGCCGCACGGCGUGUACCACCCGCCCGCGCACGCGCAGCCCGACGAGGAACCCGUCUCCCGCACCUACCAGUACCGCAAGGUCAUGAAGCCCAUGCUCGAACGAAAACGCCGAGCCCGCAUCAACCGCUGCCUCGACGAACUCAAGGACCUCAUGGUCACCGCACUCCAGGCCGAAGGCGAAAACGUCUCCAAACUAGAAAAAGCAGACAUCCUCGAACUCACCGUCCGACACCUCCACAGCCUCAAACGCCGAGGCCAGCUCGUCCUGAAACCCGAAAUGUCUUACGCGGAACGCUUCCGCGCCGGAUUCACGCAGUGUGCAACGGAAGUGUCACAGUUUAUCGCGAACGCCACGCUAGCAGCGAACGCUAUGCAGCGGCAGGGGCCGGUGGACCCGCAGGCCGGCGCGAGGUUGUUGCAGCACCUGAGCAACUGUAUCAGGAGGUUGGAGAACCCUCAAGUGGUGCAGCCGCAGCCGAUCGCUCCUAAUGGGGUGGCGCGGCCGACGCCGCUGCAGCCGAUAGCGCCGGCGCCGCCACCGCAGCCGGCGCCGGGGCAGCAGCCGGCGCCGCAGAGGACGGCGCUGCCGGAGCGGGGCCUCAAGAGGCCGGCGGAGCCGCUGGACGCUGAAGCGGCGCUCGCCAAGCGUGCGUACGCGCCGCCCUCCCCGCCGCACAGCCCCGCCUCCGAGACCGACUCCGCCCAGUCGAUGUGGCGGCCCUGGUGACCGCCUGGUGCCUCAUGAUCUCCGAACAGACUGUGCCUCGAUGUGUGAUAAUCACAAACGUUGUUUUGUUUUACGUUCCUAGAACCGAUGUGUUGACCCGUUGCAUGAGCGCUCGCUUUGCUUGUUGAACUUUGAGUUUUGUUUUCUAAUUUAAAUAAAAUAAGUUUUUGUUUUAAUCUAAUCUGUUAUUUUUAAACUCCUAAAUUCAACGUCUUCCGCGUCGGUUGUUAAAGCAUUUACUUUUAAAAGUUAAAGUACCAUAGUGUAGUGUAGUACCUAAGUUAUCUCUGUGAUAUACGUAAAUAGUUUUCUUGAAUGUUAAAGAAGUUGUUAGGUUGCUAUCAUAGAUAAAUAGGACACUUGAACAUUUCACAGAAGUGAUUAAAAUAAAAGUUAUUUAAUAAAAUAUUUUUGUACUAAA